CACCACGGCUGUUUUCUCCCUUGUCACCAUCCAACUCGCAGAGACCCCAUCCCCUGGAGCCGCUGGACCGCAAGGCACCCAUGGGUUCGCUGGUGGCCAAGCUCCUUCUGCCCACCAUCAGCACCUUGGUCUUCCUCCCCACCAUCAGCAUCGCAGCCAAGAGGCGCUUCCACAUGGAAGCCAUGGUUUACUUCUUCACCAUGUUUUUCGUGGCGAUUUUCCAUGCCUGCGACGGCCCCGGCUUAUCAGUGCUGUGCUUCAUGCGCUACGAUAUCCUGGAGUACUUCAGCAUCUAUGGAACAGCUCUGUCCAUCUGGGUGUCCCUGAUGGCCUUGGCAGAGUUUGAUGAGCCAAAGAGAUCGACCUUCGUCAUGUUCGGCGUGCUCACCAUCGCCGUGAGGAUCUACCACGACCGCUGGGGCUACGGCGUCUACUCGGGACCCAUCGGGACAGCCGUCCUGGUGAUAACCGUGAAAUGGCUACAAAAGAUGAAAGAGAAGAAAGGACUCUAUCCAGACAAGAGCGUCUACACUCAACAAAUCGGUCCUGGUUUCUGUUUCGGGGCAUUAGCACUGAUGCUGAGGUUCUUCUUUGAGGUACCCGUUUGCGCACUCGAGCACUCUGACUUCACAAGGUGUAAAAGAUGUUACCAAGACAGGAGACCCCCCUCGCUUCACACUGCUGUGCUGAAUCCAGCCCUGGGCAAAACCCACCUCAGAUGUUGGUCUCCAGGGUUGGCCUGCCGGGGUCCGAUGACAGGGAGGAGGGUCCCUCUCUUCUUGUCCCCAUCCCCUAUUCCGUUAGCUGUGGUGUGGACAGGGACAGAUGGGACAGUGAGGGACGUGUAGGGUUGUGCUUUCUCUCUUUCCCCCUCAUUAAGCGAGUGGUGAGCACACGAACCGCUCUUUCUUCAGCCAUAAAUGGUGCUCAAAAUGGUUUUGUGAUAUGCAAGCGGGGUUUUUUGGAAACCGGGCAUGGGUGACUUAAGGACACCUCGCCGAGCCACGGCAGGGACUGGAUACAACUCAGGCAUGGCCGGAUCCAAAGCUGGCUCAAGCCAAAGACAAGACUCUCAGUUGACUCCCAGAGGCACUUGAUCUCAUGUUUAUAACCUUCUGCUCUCGCCGCCGGCCAGUCCGCCCGUCCUGCGCAAAAGGGACCAUCUGUCCCGUGCGGGGAAAGCGAUAACCCCCCGACACAGCUGCCGGUCCCGCCUGCGCUCAGCCCCGCCGUUACGGCUGCUCUGUGUAUUGGGAGCUGCUAGAUACAACCUCACAGUCAUCCCCAAGGAUUAUUUUUCAAAGCAUUUAGUAAUUGCAAAUUCUAGCAGAACAUAAAAAUGUCACUUAGCAGCAACCGCCUCCCCCCGCUCCCCAGCCUCGCCGCCGAGUCCUUUGCGGGGUAAUGAAACACUUCAUUCAAGAAU